AUGGAGAGGACUCACGCCCUUCCGUGGGGCGAGCCGGCGCUGCAGCGGGUGGUUCCCUGCCUCGCCGGGCGAGCCCUCCAGCUCCUUGCUCGGCGCGGAGGUGAAGAUGCCUGCCGCGUGGUGCCCCUCGCGGAGAAGGGGACACUGCGGAGAUCCGCGGGUGCCCUCGGAGGGCCUGCCCUCCGUGCCGAAAGGAAGCUCUUCCCGCCGCCUCUCGGGCGGUCCCCAGUGGCUAAAUCUCUUCUUUUCUCCACAGGGAAACAACUGGAAGGCAUCUGGCACACCUCCAUAGUUGUACACAAGGAUGAGUUCUUCUUUGGCAGCGGUGGGAUCUCCAGCUGUCCCCCGGGAGGGACAUUGCUUGGGCCCCCAGACUCUGUGGUUGAUGUGGGGAGCACAGAAGUCACAGAAGAGAUCUUUCUGGAGUACCUGUCCUCCCUGGGGGAGUCUCAGUUCCGAGGUGAGGCCUAUAACCUCUUUGAACACAACUGUAACACCUUCAGCAAUGAAGUGGCACAGUUCCUGACCGGGAGGAAGAUCCCUUCCUACAUCACUGACCUUCCCUCUGAAGUUCUCUCCACCCCCUUCGGACAGGCCCUGCGGCCCCUCCUGGACUCCAUCCAGAUCCAGCCUCCUGGAGGGAGCACCAUGGGCCGACCCAACGGUCAGAGCUAACAGGACUGCAGGGGCCCGCCCUGCCUCCCAGGGCUUUCCUUUUUAAACAGAACAAACCCGACCAGAUUUCUAUUUUAUAAUUUUACAUCAGAGCUAACAACCAGGGGACAGCUUUUUAAAUUUCCCAGGGAAGGAGAUCAUCAGGCUGCAUGUAGGACAAUGCUGCUAAGAACAGAACAAAACGCCAUCCCUUUGAAAGUAUUAUACUAAUUUAUUAAGGCUGUCUUGUCUGUGCGUUCACUUGACGCUGCUUCCUAAGCGUCCUCCACGCUCGAGGAAAGGAGGGGGUUUGUUUAAGCAGGAAGAACAGUUUGGGGGAGCCCAACCUAGAACCUCUUUCCAGAAAACACCCAUGCUCUACCCAGGUUGCCACCUCCUGUGGGGAUCCAGGUGAGUUUUACAACAGCCAUGACCUGGAGGCAGUUCCUCACUAGUGUUAAACGAACCAAAGGAGUUGGUGCACGUGGAGCCAGUUUCAGGAUGACUCACCCAACCCAAGUGAACUCUGGCCACAGCUGUGUCACCUUCCCUCCUCGACCCCAAGCAGGCCAUGGGGCCCGAGCUGGAGCCGCCAAAAGCCUCGGGAUCGAGGGAGAGCGACAGGAAGUGUCAGGCAGAGAAAACGGGAUAAAGCCAUUCCUCCUUCCUCCCUAGACUGAUGGCCAGUCCUCAGACAUCGAUUUUGGGGAACCUGCCUUCCUCAGCAUAGCUGACCUGUUGUAAUUAACGAGUGUCCGGCUGGAGCGGCAGAGACCCAGGCCCCCUGUCUGCAAGUCACAUGUAAUAACCUUAUUACAGUCACCUCCCCACCCAGACCAAUGUGCAGUAUUCAGCUGGGACCAAGGGGAAUGAUUCCCGGCUCCUGGAAAUGUAGAAAGAAUAAUAAUGCAGAGUCAAGGUGGCAAGGCAUUUAGAGUUGUUUCUGAUGGGAAUUUGGGCAUUAUCCUAAAUGUGUUGUGAAGACACGUUGUUUCCAUCGUCAUUUUGACUUUAAGGAAGCAUGGUAGGGGGUGCAUGGCCAUUUUCCUUAUGAGCUGCUGCUGAGACAUAGGCAGGGAACAAUCUGGAAGCUUCUUAUCCAGAGAGGCUUUCAGAUUCCCUUUCUUCACUGCGCCUCCCCUUAAGUUAGCUUUUGGGGAAGUGCGGGUGGAGGGAGGACUCGGCUGCCAGGUACCUGAGGCCCAGCUGCGGCAUUGUCCCUCUGGCCCCUCCUGCUGCGACUUCUUAGACUUGAAUUAUGUUGUCUUUCCUGGGGUCUGGCCUGCAGCAGGUGCCUUUUUUCCCAAAAAGCUGCUGCUUCCUCUGGCCCCUCCUGUCUGUGCCAUCCGCAGAGCAGCUGGCAUCAGGGUCUCAGCUCAAGGAAAAGAUGUUAGUCUGCCUUAGUGUUUGCCUGUGACCUAGCCAGCUGUGAUCUCAAGUGACAUUUUGGAACUUUUACGAUGGGAGGCCAAACGAAUGAGUGUUUAAUUCUUCUCAAGACCCACUGAUUGGCCAGAAUGCGUGGCAGUGAUCCACUAGAGCAGAGACUGGCAGGGGCCCUUACUUAAUGUUCACCGACUGGAGAAUGGACCACGGGGCAUGGCUUUCUCCCAGGAAGGCAGCACGUUGGCUCCUUCCCGCCUGGUGUCUCCUUUCCCAGCUGCCUGGCCCAGCCCUCCCUCCCUACCAGGCUCUUCCUCCAAACUCUCCACACAGAGCUCCAGCCAGAGGGUGCUGGGCAUCACAGCUCCUCUUCUCUCUCCUCCCCAUCUCCAGGCGCAACUGGUUUCUCCUCCCACAGUCACCUCCAGACCCAGGGCUAUACUGAAAAAUGGCUCCCCUAAGAGACUUUGAGUCACUUGGUCCAUUGAAAGUCCCCUUCAUGCCCAGCAGCCAUUUGUGCCAAUGCCUGUGCCCUAGGGAGAGACGGAGCGAUCAGUAAGCCAUCAUCUCAGAGCCCUGCAGGAAAGCAAGCUCUCCCUCCCCGACCCAAGUCCUCCCGGCGUUCACCUCGGAAGCCCAGGCUCAGACUCGGACCCCCUCACGUUCUCUGUCUCCCAGCACGUCAGGAGCGUGUCCACUGUGCCCAGCUCGCUCCACACGGACGUGCAGGGGUGACCAGAGUGACAGUGAGCCACGUGUGUGAUGGUGGUGCACAGUGGACACCUGCAUAGCAGUCUGCUGGUUUAAAGGGACGGAAGAAGGUGGGAUGAGACCGGCACCCCUCCCAGAAAUAAAGCUUGUACCUUUGAGAUUCUUUUUUGCCCUUGAAGUCAAACUAAUAACUGUGUUUAGUACGGAGGUGUUUGCUGGUUUUCUUUGAUGUUUUUUCUAAUGCAAUAAACUCGCUCUGCCUGCUG